AUGACUCUUCUAUCAUUGUUUCUUCUCUCGAGCAUCCCACUGGCUUUGGCCGUGACCAAUUCCACGUCUCUAGACUACGAUGUUCUGCAAUACGUCGAUCCACUCAUUGGAAGUGCCAACGGAGGCAAUGUCUUUGCUGGUGCAUCGCUUCCCUAUGGCAUGGCCAAGGCUGUAGCCGAUACGAAUUCCCAGAGCAACCAGGGAGGCUUCACACUCGAUGGCAGCAAUAUAACUGGUUUUUCUAGCUUGCACGAUUCUGGCACUGGAGGAAACCCAUCCCUCGGAAACUUUCCAUUAUUCCCUUAUGUCAAAUGCAAAGAUGACGAUGUCAAUGGUUGCGCUUAUCCGAAGAAAGAGCGCCGUAUCGGAUAUCAUGCGGACUCGGUCAAAGCUUCUCCUGGAUACUUUGGACUGACCAUGAACUCUGGCAUCAAAGUCGAUAUGACCGUUUCCCAUCAUACGUCUCUGUUCCGUUUCCAGUUUCCCACCGACGGUGCAUCGAGUCCGCUUAUCCUGCUUGAUCUGACAGACCUGUCUGAUUCAAGACAGGACAAUGGAACAAUUUCCGUUGAUGCUUCUACCGGACGCAUGACGGGCCAUGCGCGCUUUCUGCCCAGCUUCGGGAGUGGAUCAUACGUGCCUUACUUCUGUGUUGACUUUCAGAGCAGCUCUGCCGUUCGCGAUAACGGAAUAUUUGUCAAUUCACGCGCAAGCACAGACGUGAAGGAAUUGAAGAUGUCUCGGAGUAUCAAUGGAUACCCUCUUCCUGGAGGUGCCUUUGUCCGGUUUGAAGCUGCUUCGGAUAUUACGGUGCAGGCCCGAGUGGGUUUGAGUUUCAUCAGCAGCGAGCGGGCAUGCUCGAAUGCUGAGUCUGAGAUCCCGGAUUUCGAUUUUGAAGCCACACGCUCAAAGGCUACGGAGGCGUGGCAGGACAAGCUUGCCCCUAUUCGCGUGUCCAGAGAAGGCGUCAAUGCUUCUCUUCUAACCAACUUCUACAGUGGCAUCUACCGUACAAUGAUCAAUCCGCAGGAUUACACUGGGGAAAACCCACUCUGGGAGAGCAAUGAGCCGUACUUUGACUCUUUUUACUGUUUGUGGGAUUCUUUCCGGUCUCAGCUGCCCUUUUUGACCAUAUUCGACCCUGCGUCGCUGACACGGAUGGUCCGCUCGCUUAUUGAUACUCAAAAGCAUCUGGGCUGGCUUCCGGAUUGUCGCAUGUCUCUUUGCAAAGGGUACACUCAAGGAGGAUCCAACGCAGACGUCGUUCUCGCCGACGCAUACAUGAAAGGCAUUUCCGAUGGCAUCGACUGGGAAGCCGGUUAUGCAGCCGUCCAAAAAGAUGCUGAGGAAGAACCGUACUACUGGUCAAAUGAAGGCCGAGGUGGGCUGAACAGCUGGAAAUCGCUGAACUACAUUCCCGUCGAGGAUUUUGAUUACGUCGGCUUUGGAACUAUGACCCGCAGCAUCUCCCGCACUCUUGAGUAUUCCUAUAAUGAUUUCACCAUCUCGCAAAUGGCGCGUGGCAUGAACAGACCAGACGAUGCAGAAAAGUAUGAGAGGACUUCGGGUUACUGGAGAAACCUGUUCCGUGAAGAUCAGACUUCGCUCAUCAAUGGUACCGACACUGGAUUCAAGGGGUUCUUCCAGCCCCGAUAUCUGAAUGGCACAUGGGGGUUCCAGGAUCCUCUGACAUGUUCAAACAUCGACAACAGCGGGAGAUCAUGCUCGCUCCAGAACAACGCAGCAGAGACGUACGAGUCCAGCAUCUGGGAAUACCAAUUCUUCGUUCCUCACGAUAUGGCCGCUCUCGUUACCCUUCUCGGAGGACCAGACCGAUACGUCCAACGACUGGACUAUCUCCACGAUAAAGGAAUCACAUACAUCGGCAACGAACCAUCUUUCCUAACCGUUUUCCAAUACCACUACGCCGGCCGCCCCGCCAAAUCAGCCUCUCGCGCGCAUUUCUACAUCCCCAAAUACUUCAACCCCACGCCCGCCGGCCUCCCAGGCAACGACGACUCGGGCGCCAUGGGCUCCUUCGUCGCCAUGUCAAUGAUGGGCCUGUUCCCUAACCCCGGACAAAGCGUCUACCUGAUCACCGCGCCGUUCUUCGAGGUCGUUCGCAUCAAGUCCCCGUUGACCGGCCGCACGGCAACCGUCCGCGCGGUGAAAUUCGACCCUACGUACCAGAACAUCUACAUCCAGUCUGCCACGCUAAACGGCAAGCCAUACACUAAGAACUGGGUUGACCAUGACUUCUUCACCGAGGGAAAGGAGCUGGUACUUGUUCUGGGUAGAAACGAGAGUCGCUGGGGAACAGCCGAGGAGGAUCUGCCGCCGUCCUUGUCGACUCGGGGAGGGGCCUCUUCUUCGGGCCUCAGGCAGAGAAUGGUUGAUUUCGACUCCACUCCUCUCCAGUUUGGCGAGUAUGGCCACGCGAGGCGAAGACGUCACUCUUUUCCGUUUGCUUACCGGCACCAUGCUGUUGGCAAGGAAUUCACCCAUGCGUAG